AUGGUACAUGACCCCAACUAUGCUCAAGUGGUGAUCCCGCUCGGCGUGAACCCAGUUCGCUGGUCGUUCAACUUCGACCGCGUGUUCAUGCGAUUCAACGUCUACUUGAAGCGGCUCAAGAUGAUAGAAUCCAUACUUGAAGCCACGGUGGAGAUAUUGAAGCUGGAGAAGGUGGAAUUUUGCGGGUUAAGGGGGAAGAUUAUCAGUGUCGAGUGUAUGAAGGUGUUGGAAGACUACACGCUCAUAUACCAGAACCUCGGCAACAUAACCUAUGACCCAGCGGACCCGGAAGACAACAGCUUUCUUUCAGACUAUGAUAAACACAUGGAUGUGCUCAACCAAAUGGAUCGGAGGCUCGCUUCGCUCUUCUCGCAGGGGCUCGACGAGUGUCAUACCAUGCUGCAAAUCUUUAAAUUCUUCCAAAUCAUCGGAGAUCUGUAUCACCGUCCCAUCAUCAAAGAAGAGAUUCAGCCAAAACUGAACAAGUUGAUGGAUUUGAUGCAUGACAAUUUGGACUGCGUGAAAGAAAUAUUUGACGAUGAAAUGGCGAAAUUGGGUAGGGGCCAAGAUAGGCCGAUGGUUGACGCGUACCUCCCGCCCGUCGCCGGCAUGAUGUGGUGGAUCCACAAACUGCGCAAGAGGGUCGAAGACCCCAUACAGGAGUUGGUGGUCGUAGAAGACCCCAUAGUACAAUCAGAGUCUGCCACAUACAUGCGACAGAAGGCCAACGAAAUGCUUGGCUACCUGAACUCGGUGGACAACAAGUCAUUCACAGCUUGGUGCGCCACUGUACCGACGGUUUGCAAGAUGCAUUUGGCCAAGAAUCUUAUCUAUCGCGACCCGCCGUUCGUCAGAAAUAACUUCAGUCCUGAGUUGGAAAUGUUGUUGCGCGAAAUCCGCCAUAUGAUGUACUUGAACAGGCAGGGGAUACCUCAAGAUGGUUUGGACCUGUACGCGCGGAAUGAAAAGUUACAGUAUGAUCUGAAUCGUCUUAACCGGGCCAUAUCGUGGUACAACGCGAUUCGUGAAGGCAGUCACGAGACGGAAGUGGCUCUAAUAGAGAAGGAGAUCUCGGCUAUUGACGAUCUUCUAGGCCGUGGCGUCGAGGAGUACACUUGGAACGACGAUUUUACCGAAUGGAUGGCAGAAGUGUACGCAGCCAUCAACACGCUUCAAGAGCGAGUGCUCAGGGCUCAGAACAACAUGAAAGAAGGGCUCAAGAACAUCGCAGCCUGGGGCGACGUGCCUCUUUACAGCCGCAAGGAAAACAGAUCCAGGAUCAACGUCAAAGGGGAACUGUUGGCUGUGUCUGAGAGGCAUCCGAGAUUUGUGACCAGAGCAAAAUGUACGAUGGGCUCAAGAACAUCGCAGCCUGGGGCGACGUGCCUCUUUACAGCCGCAAGGAAAACAGAUCCAGGAUCAAAGUCAAAGGGGAACUGUUGGCUGUGUCUGAGAGGCAUCCGAAUUUGUGACCAGGUAUGCGCAGUCCACCCUUAUACCAUGUGUGGGCUCGAGACUAUCGCAGCCUGGGGCGACGUGCAUCUUUACAGCCGCAAGGAAAACAGGUCCAGGAUCAACGUCAAAGGGGAACUGUUGGCUGUGUCUGAGAGGCAUCCGAGAUUUGUGGCCAGCCGCAAGGAAAACAGAUCCAGGAUCAAAGUCAAAGGGGAACUGUUGGCUGUGUCUGAGAGGCAUCCGAGAUUUGUGGCCAGGUAUGCGCAAUCCACCCUUAUACCAUGUGGGCUCGAGAACAUCGCAGCCUGGGGCGACGUGCAUCUUUACAGCCGCAAGGAAAAUAGGUCCAGAAUCAACGUCAAAGGGGAACUGUUGGCUGUGUCUGAGAGGCAUCCGAGAUUUGUGGCCAGCCGCAAGGAAUAUAGGUCCAGGAUCAACGUCAAAGGGGAACUGUUGGCUGUGUCUGAGAGGCAUCCGAGAUUUGUGACCAGUGCCCUGUUUAUCAAAAGCUUGUAA